CUCCAGCUGGAACACAUCAGGAUGUCUGCGGAAAAAAUAGAGAAAAAGAAGACGAUAGACUUGAGGAAGAAGCACAUUGGGCCAUCUUGUAAGAUUUUCUUCAGCCAUGACCCUAUCAAGAUUGUGCAAGCCAAAGGCCAGUACAUGUACGAUGAAAAAGGACAGCGCUACUUGGAUUGCAUCAACAAUGUGGCUCAUGUGGGCCACUGUCACCCUGAUGUGGUGAAGGCAGGAGCUCAGCAGAUGGAACUGCUCAACACCAACUCACGUUUCUUACAUGACAACCUUGUACUGUAUGCUCAGAGGCUGCAGGCCACCCUGCCCAACAAGCUGUCUGUGUGCUACUUUGUCAACUCUGGCUCUGAAGCCAACGACCUGGCGCUUCGUCUAGCAUGGCAGUACACAGGUCACAAAGACAUCAUCACACUGGAAAAUGCGUACCACGGCCAUGUCUCAUCACUCAUUGACAUCAGUCCUUAUAAGUUCCACCACCUGUCAGAUGUUGAGCAGAAUCAAUUUGUCCAUGUGGCUCCGAGCCCAGAUGUUUACAGAGGUAAAUACAGAGCGGACCACCCUGAUCCUGCCUCAGCAUAUGCAGAUGAAGUCAAAGAUAUAAUACACAGAGUCCAUGAAAAAGGAGGCAAGAUUGCCGCCUUUGUUGCUGAGUCACUGCAGAGUUGUGGUGGGCAGGUCAUUCCCCCUGCCGGCUACUUUCAACAAGUGGCAGAACAUGUCCACAAGGCAGGGGGUGUUUUCAUCGCUGAUGAAGUCCAAGUGGGCUUUGGGCGUGUCGGCACCCACUUCUGGGCUUUCCAGCUUCAGGGAGAGGACUUUGUGCCUGACAUUGUCACCAUGGGAAAGCCUAUUGGCAACGGUCACCCCAUGUCUUGUGUGGUCACAACCAAAGAGGUGGCAGAGGCCUUCCUGUCAGCUGGAAUGGAGUAUUUCAAUACAUUUGGCGGUAACCCAGUGUCGUGUGCCAUCGGUCUGGCCGUCCUAGAUGUGAUUGUGAAAGAGGAUCUCCAAGGCAAUGCACUGCGUGUGGGGCGAUACCUGACCAAACUGCUGGAAAAGGAGAAAGAGAAGCAUCCACUGGUUGGUGAUGUCAGGGGCCGUGGGCUGUUUGUCGGGGUGGAGCUUGUGAGGGACAGGUUUACUCUCACUCCUGCGACAGCAGAAGCCCAAGAAGUCAUAUAUAAGCUAAAGGAACAGCACAUCCUUCUUAGUGCUGACGGACCUCAUCGCAAUGUGCUCAAAUUCAAGCCCCCGAUGUGCUUCUCUAUGGAGGAUGCUGACAUGGUGGUGGGGAAAAUCGACAGCAUUCUCACAGAGCUUGAGGCGGCGUUAGGCUUGAAGUUGCACAACGCACUGAAUGUUGAGAAUGAAAGCACUAAAAGACAGCUGCCAGCUGAUGAAAAUGGACACCACUAUCACAGCGGGUUAGCACACAGCAAAGGAGUGAGUCAAGGAGUUCCUCAACGAACCAAACGCCUCAAGACAUAAUACUGCUUAUGAACAGUCAGAGGUGUGAACGGAUGACUUUAUCUUUUAUAUAGUUUAAGCUGGUAAGAGGCAUUAUUAACUUGGGAGGUGACCAAACGCUGGGGGAAAAAGUAAAGUCCGUAAGCAUGUAACCUAAAUAAA